AUGGCCGACGACAUCGAAGCAGAGCUGAAUGCCGCUGGCAAAGAGCUGGACAAGGAUGCCGAGAUCGAGCGUAUUCGCAGCGUCUUCAGCCUUAAUGCCUACGCCGUCCUCGAUCUGCAGCCGGGUAUGCCCGAGUCGGACAUCAAGAAAGUCUACCGCGCCAAAUCGCUGCUCAUCCAUCCUGACAAGACGCCCAACCCCAACGCCCCGGAUGCCUUCGACAGACUCAAGAAGGCGCAGACAGUGCUCCUCGACGAGAAGCUGCGCGCCGAGCUGGACGAGAACAUUGCCGACGCGCGCAUGCUGCUGAUGCGCGACAAGAAGCUGACCGCCGACGACGAGGAGACACGCAGCCCCGGGUUCCUCAAGGAGUGGCGCGAGAAGACAGCCUGGGUAAUCCGCGACAACGAGCUCAGAAAGCAGCGGCAGCUGAAGGCCCAGAUGCGCGAGGAGGGCCGACAGCAGAAGAAAGAGGACGAAGAGCUGGCCGAGCGCAAGCGCAAGCGCGACCACGAGCAGGCUUGGGAAAAGUCACGCGACACACGCAUCAACAGCUGGCGAGAUUACCAGCAGGGCAAGAAGCCGGACACUGAGGGUGGCAAGAAGAAGAAAAAGAAGGUCAAGGCUCUUGGUUGA